AUGGCGAAUAAUAGUGGUCAAAGUAAUUAUGCUUGCAGUCAUUCUGAUGAACAACAUGUACUUCUUGUUCAAUAUAUUUUGGGUGGAUGGAUAUCGUGUAUUAUUGUACUUAUUGGCAUAUUUAGUAAUGGUCUUUCUAUAUUGAUAUUAGGCAAUCAUCGUAUGCGUUAUCUUUCAACUAACAUAUAUCUUCUUGCCCUUUCGAUUGUCAAUCUUGUUUGGCUAAUUCUUUACUUAACAGUGAAUUCCAUGCGAUUUGCAAUGGUUAUCCCUAAAUUUCAAGCAAGUUCACAUGAAAAUGAUUUUCAUGAAUAUGAUGAUUUUAUACUAAAAUUUUCUCCGUAUGUAAUUCCAUUGAUGAAUACAUUACAAUUAUGUUCAAUUUAUUAUACUGUUGCUGUAUCAUUUGAUCGUUUUCUUUAUUUAUCAUAUGGUUUACAAGCUGAGACAAUUUGUAAUGUACGAAAUUCUCUUCGUGUUAUCACUGUAAUAACAAUAUUUUCAAUUUUAUUUAUUUUACCCCAUUGGUUUAAAUAUAAAGUCCAACUCAAUGAACAUAAUCGUGUUCAAUUAAAAUUAACAUCAGUGGGUGAAAAUGAAUUAUUUCGUCGAAUAAUUCAUAUAUGGCUUUACAUUCCUGUUGUAUACGCAAUUCCAUUUCUUUUACUUAUAUUUAUAAAUUUCUUUACAGUAAAAUUAUUACAUAAAUUUUAUUUGAAUCGUCGACAACAUUUACAUUUAACAUCACCAUUAUCAACACAUAAUCAUGAACAACAUGAACGUGGUAUAACAUUAAUGUUAAUUGGUGUUGUUUUAUUAUUUUUUAUUUGUCGUUUUCCAGUAUUAAUUAAUCAUAUAUUUGAAACAAAAUUAUCAAUGACAUCAUAUGAUAAUAAUCGCGCAAAAAUAGCAAACUCUACUGAGCAAUUUUUUUCAAGAAGUUGUCGUUCUCGACAUUUAUUUAAUACUACAGUUAAUUUUUUGCAAACAAUCAAUGCAUCUGCAAAUCUCUUUUUUUACUAUUUAUUUGGAGAAAAAUUUCGUGAAACAAGUUUUCAGUUAGCCAGAUUAACUCGUAAACGUUGUAUACGACGACGAAAUCUUAUGAUAGAAAAUAUAACUAAUUUUAUUCAAAGACCAAGAACAAGUUCAAAUGCAAUACCAAAAAAUUCCAUUAUUGAUCAACAACAAUUAUCAAAUUUAUUGAACUCAGAACAAGUUGACUUAGUCAAUAAACCAUUUCAAUCUAAUUAA